CUCGGGGGGGGGGAGCUACGGGGGGGGCCUCAGUCGCCUGUCAAAGUUUUUAACUCUUUUUUUACCCACCCCCCCCGCACCCUCUCGGGACGCCCCGAUGGGUGCCGCCGCCACCCCACAUCCCGCCCCCCCCCGGCACCACCCCCGGUCGGUGGAGCGGAGAAAGGGUGGGUGGAUGGGGGGGGGGGUGCGCUUUAAAUGCCAGCCCCCCGGGUGGGAGAGGGCCGGCUCCGCCGCGGAGAGGCGGGAGAACGACGGCCCCCGGCGGUCUCCGGCCAUGGGGGGAUGAGCGAUGGAGGGGCCGAGCCUGGCAGGAGCCCCGUGCUGCUGGCCGAGCCCGGGGCCACCGGGAGGGCCCGGGAGAAGGCGCCGACCCGGGCGGAGCUGGAGAGCGCUCUGCGCGGCGGCGGCGGCGGAGGAGGAGGAGGCGGUGGCGGUGGAGGCGGCGGUGGCUUCAAGGACAUCCCGGGAACGUCGGCGGUCAGCCCCGGUUCCUCCAAGGAGUGCGCCCCGGACAGCGAGAGCCCGUCGGGAACCGGCGAGGCGGACUACUGCCGCCGCAUCCUGGUGCGAGAUGCCAAAGGGACGAUCCGGGAGAUCGUGCUUCCCAAGGGCCUGGACCUGGACCGGCCCAAGCGGACACGGACAUCCUUCACGGCGGAGCAGCUCUAUCGCCUGGAGCUGGAGUUCCAGCGCUGCCAGUACGUGGUGGGCAGGGAGAGGACGGAGCUAGCCCGGCAGCUCAACCUCUCCGAGACCCAGGUCAAGGUCUGGUUCCAGAACCGACGCACCAAGCAGAAGAAGGACCAGAGCAGGGACUCUGAGAAACGCUCCACCGCCACCUCCGAGUCCUUCGCCACCUGCAACAUCCUCCGGCUGCUGGAGCAAGGCCGGCUCCUCUCCGUCCCGGCCCCCCCCAGCCUCCUCUCUCCCACCUCCAACCCCAUCGGCAGUCCUACGGGCAACGGAUCCGGCUUGGCCACCCCGGGAACCACCUCUCCGGGGCUCGGCGGUGGGAGCAGCCCCCCGGGGCCAGGAGCCUUCAGCCUACAGGUCCCUUCUCUCGCCUCUUCCUCCUCCUCCUCCUCCUCGCCCAGGCUGCCGGCCGCCCCGCUGUGUUUUGGGGGGCCGCUCCUGGGCAGCCUGCAUGACCUCCCGGGCGCUUAUGGACUGGGCACUUCUGCUUUUGAGCCUUACACACGGCUGGAAAGGAAAGACAAUUCUAUACCCAGCAAGAAGCCAAGCCCUUAAAUCAAAAUGAGUGUCAAAAGGUCUCCCCCUCCGCCAUCCCCCGCGCCCCACGCACCCCGCGCCCCACACCGGGGUUUCAUUUGGCAGAUGGGAUGUGGAAGACUGUUUACCGCCCGUCCGGGGGUGCGUGCGAGUGUGCGCACACGCGUGUGAGUGUGCACGCCUGGCCCCCGCCCCAGACACACCAAUACAGCCGUGGAUGACACCCUGCAACUCUUCGCCCCAGGGCUGAUGCUGAACCCGGUCAUGCCAAGGUGGGGGGGGGUCCCUGGGUGUCCCGUGUCACCGGUGCUGUCCCGUCCUUCGCCGACACCGCUGGAUCUGCCAGGGCCACGUUCCCCCCCUCCAGGUAUCGCCCGUUCGGGGUCUGGAAGACGAUGCUGUGGUCUGUGCUGCGCGGGCUGGGAGAGGAGCAGCUCCGGGGGGGGAUGUCGGGGGGUUGCUGAUGGCCCGUGGUCUUUCAGUGCCUCUUACGGGUGGGAGCGCAGAGCCCCGGUCCCUCUGGACUGUCACCCCGGGGUCCGUGGUGUUGGGGUCACUGCCGAAGCCCCGGGGAGCGGGAGGGCACCCCGAAAGGGAGAGCGCAGGGCAGUGCCGGGCUCCGUCUCUGCCCGGCCGUGGUGUCCUUGGGCGAGCCUUGGGCCUCAGUUUCCCCACCUGCAAAGGGUUUUGUGUUCUGGCUGAGGUUGUCUGGGAGCAUCCCGGUGGCUCUGGUGGUCCCGGUCCCCUCUUCCAGCAGGGAGCACUGCCCCCCAUGGGAUGCUUGGCCCCCCAGCCCAGGGCCAGGGCAGGUGGGGAGCUCUGUGGGGGACCGAUGGUGCCGGCGAUGUCCCCAGCCCCCCGGACCAGUGGUCCCUGCCCUCAGGAGCCAGCGGCCGCCCCUGACUCAUGAGACAUCCCCAGGCUCCUCUGCGCCUGCUCGUGCAGAGCCAAACCACCAUCCCAGACCCUGUUUUGGUGCUGUCCCACCCCGGCAAACCCCCCGGGAUGCUGGAGGAGCCUCCGACCUCCCUGAGGGGGCUGUGGUGAGCUAGGGCCAGGCCACCAUCCUGCCCCCAACAAGGAAAGCCCACCGAGGGGCACGCGGACACGUGGGCACUUGUGAUGCUGGGAUCUGCCCCCCUGGGUUGGGUCGGGCCACGGGGGGGUCUUUGCCAUCAGCGGGAGCCCGAAGUACCCCCAGCCCCAUCCUGGGGUGCUGGGUGCUCAGUGCUGGCACUGCAGUGAGCCCCAUCCUGAGCACUGGCCCAGCAGCAGCCCCCCCCUUGCUCCCAUCACCCAGCAGAACCAGGGUCCAGCCCUGAGAGGUGCUGAGCACCCACUGCCUGCGAAGGCAGUGCCCUGCCCUGACCCUCGGGCAGCCUCAGCUGCUCUUCCCACCUCGGCACCCGGAUCCCAGAGGGUGACGAUGGCUUCCCGCGGAGCAGGAUUUGGCCUCAGGUGUGCGGUGCCAGGACCGUUCUCGGGCAGGGCAUGGCUUGGGGAUGUUGUGGUGGGAACGAGCUCCGGAGGGUUAAUGGUGGGCUUGGAGCUCCACCAGUGGCAAAAACGAGACGGGAAUUGCAUGAGGUGGCCCUUGGGGAAAGGGGCAGCGUGGCCCCCCUGGCAUGGGCUGAGGGAGGUCUACGCUGGGCAGAAUCUGGCCCUUCUGUGGUGUGAGCAUUGCCGUGGCAGGAUGCUCUGCGGUGGCAUCACCGUGGCAGGACACCCUGCAGGGACCCCGCUGUGGCAGGAGCAGGAUGAUGCCCUGAGCCCCGUCCCAGCACCCAGGAGCUGCCAUGGGGCUCAUCCCCCCACCCUGCACACCCCCAAACCAAGGGGCUCCUGCGUCCUCCUGCUGCGGUUUAAUGUAUAAUGAUUAUCGCCACUGAGCUACCCCCCCCAGCCUGGCCCGGGCUGAGCAUCGCUGCGUGGGCUGCAGCCCCCCCCGCCCAGGCUGCUGCUCUGUAGGGACCGGUCCCUAAGGGGGACACAGCCGCUAGCCCACGUGUUCCCAGGAUUUUGCAGGGAAAUAUUUAAAAUAAAUGAUUUUAUGAAAAGGUUUUGGUGAUUUUUAUUUUCCUUUAAAUCAAGCGUUUCUAUAAAAUAGUAUUUAUUGUUCACCUCACGUCUGGAGCACUUUAUGGGAGUGAGCCCGUAGGUCUCGCGCUGCUCUGUGGAGCUCAGGAGAGGUUGGCACCCCCCGGCCGCAGGUGGGGAAACUGAGGCAGGGUUUGCCCGGGGAUGCAGAAAGCACGGACAGGGUUUGGUUCACAGUGACGAGCUCCCCUCUCCCGCCCGGCUCAGACCACAGCUCGCUGCCAACACCUCCGUACCUCUCCCUAAAUGUGGUAUUUGCCGGAUCCUCCUGGUGCCCUGGGGUGCUCAAACCCCGACAGCCCGAUGCCGUGUUUGACUGAGGUUUUGGAUUUUGACAGGACAACGACCUUCUCCCUUCCCCUCAUCACUUAAUUUAUAUUUAUAUCGCUGUUCUUCAUCCUUCCCCGGUCUGCAAAUGUGAUAUUUAAAGACAGCGAGCCGAGGCAGGCAGAGCCGGCAGCGGGGAAGCCGUGCCCGCCUGGCUACGCCGAGAUGGGGCAAUCCUGCCUGAAACCCUCCCCCGGGACUUGUUUUGCUUUGGUUUUCCCUCUUCUCCCUGGGAGCAGCUGAAUUUCCCCAGGUUAUCGGACCCCGGUUCCUCCCACCCUGGGCUCACUGGGAGGAAACUUGGUCCGGUUUGAUGGAGAAGCGACCCCCUCGCACCUUCACGGGUGGAGGAGGUUUUGGGGCAUUUCAGAGAAAGCAAGGUCCAGUUUUAUUUUCAAAGUAGCCCCCCCAAAACCUGGGAGUUUUGGGGGGGGUCCCCGGUGUGUUUGCCCAGCUCGGGGCAUCCUUGUGUGUCUCCUGCAUCGUCCUCCCGCUGCUCAGCGGGCAGAGGGAGAAGUGGAAAGCGAGGCAGGGAGGCCACGGGCUGCCCUGCAGCGAAACGGCAAGCUCUUUCCGCAGAUUUAAACCCAAAUGCUGCUUUCACACAGGCCCCCAAAUCUGAUCCAAAGCUGCUGCUUCUCCAAAGUCUCUGCUCCCAAAGCAAACAGCCCCAGCGAAGCUGUCCCGGGGGUGAGGGGGGUUAGGAAGGUCCCGCGGGGAAACCGGCUGGCCCCCAGCCUGCCCCGCUCCGCUCGCCUCCGGCGAUUGGGAAAAAAAAAAAAAGUUAAAAAAAAAAAAAAAGUACUGGAUGUAAAACUUUAACGAAUAAUGUGGUUUCUUAUGGUUUCUAAUGGUUAAUAAAAGUCACGUCCUGCC